UCCCUCGUUGUAACCCAUCAUAGCACCAUCCAGCUGAACUCUGGAGGUGGACCAUAUUAGCAACCUGAACAUCCUCCAUCUACUUGCACUCAUUUUUCACUGAGCCGAACCGCUGAUGUGCCAGAGGGGACAGUAAAAUGGGCUCCUUGCGUCACAUCCUCGGAGGACUGCUCUUGUGCCUGUCUGUCUCAGCAGCAGAAGACAAUGUUACCUCGUGUGUCACCAGGAGAUGUUUGGCAUCUCAGCUGGUAGCAAAGAACAUCGUCAGUCAGCCACAGUCACCCUCCUGUGACAUUAAUGUCAAUGUAGUAUAUCUUCGCUAUGAGACCAUAGCAGUGGACACCAAACUGAUGCAUGUCUCCAGUCGAUUGACUAUGAAAUUGAGAUGGAAUGAUCCUGAUCUUUCGUGGGAUGAGACAGUCAACAACUUCUCUAUUGUGGUUCUUCCAGCUGAUAAGAUUUGGACCCCUGUCCUCACCGUGGACAACGCAGUGGCUGUUAAGACAACGCCUGUCAACGCUGACGUGGUGGUGGAGAGCAAUGGAACUGUUGAAUAUAACAUCAACAUGGACACUACAGUGAAAUGCGAAAUCAAUCUUUUUAAUUACCCCAUCAUCAAGGACUUCUGCCCAGUGGCCCUAAAUGGCUGGUCAAAUAAGGAGGGUUGUGGUAUGCAUCUAGAGUUUGGCACCGUGACCUGGACCGCUGGAAGCACUGCAGAGUGGAUUACUAAUUCAGUGGUUCUUACUGGUUCCGGCUUCCGCACCUACCUCUAUAUAGAGCUGUCGGUCAGUCCGUUCAACCCUGUCGUGGGCCUUCUCAUGCCCAGCGUGCUCAUCGUCCUGGCCGACAUCAUGAGCAGCAUGCUGCCGCUGGGCAGCGGGCGUAACAGCUUCAAGGUCACGUUGGUCCUCAGCUUCACGAUGUUUCUCGUCCUGCUGACGCAGCACCUCCCUGACUCUGGCAACUGCAGCCCCUUGAUUAGGUACCAUUUCCUCAUCUCCCUCCUCUUGCUGGUAAUGAGCAUGCUGACUUCACUGCUCCUCACUCGCCUGUCAGGAGGCUGUGUCUUCCUAUUGUGUGGAUGUAGAAAGGUUACUGAGGACAAGCAGGAGAAGGGUAAUGGAGUGGUCAGUGGUGAUGUGGCACUAGGCAAUGUGCCUGAGAUGGAGGACACGUUUCACCAGAGAGUGUUGGGUUUCAUCGAGACCAAACAGCAAAAGGAGAACCAGGAGAACAAGCGUAUGGCCUUUGCUGAGAAAUGUGACCGCAUCUACUUAGUGCUUUACGUUUGUCUCUGUCUUAUCUAUAUGAUCGGCAUAGUGGUCACUGUUCAACAAAACAUCUGUGAUGAAAACAACUUUGGUUUCUGGAAUGAUUUGAAAUAAUGUUUACCUCAUGAUAGCAAUUCUUUUAGGGUUAAAAUUAUUACUUUUAGUUAGCCAUGUGGCCCCUCUUGGCAUUAAACAAAGACAUCCUCCCCUCCCCCAAUGAAAUGCUAAUGUACUGGUUCCAAGGACUAUCAGAUCCACAAGACAAAGGAUGUUACCUUGCUAUAAUGUAUCCAUGUGUCAUGAAAUGUAAAUAUAUUCAUGUUUGGUAUCAUUGUAAU